AUGGCCGCCGCUAUGUGCUGCAAGCAAGCAGUCGCGAUCAUUUUUUGUUUUCUUUUGUUUUCGGUCGAGGCGCCACUGCGUUGGUGGCGCAGCCUACUUGGCCGGUGUGGUCACAGCACAGAUCACAGAAAGAAAGAAAGAAAGAAAGAAAGAAAGGAAGAAAGAAAGAAAGAAAGAAAGAAAGGAAUAAAAGUAUUCGGAAAAGGUAAAGACUAUAACAUCGGAAUAAGCCGAAAAAGCGUCAUACGCAGAUUUCACAGACGACAAGUGACCUCUUCCAACCUUCCUCAGUCAACGACCGUCCCUGCAAACCCCCGCCAAUCCACGCACAAAACCGUAGAGCCGACAACACCGCACCCCGUCUCGGCCUCUGUCGGUCCGACACAACUCGACCGACGUCAGUCGUCAAGAAGGCUUCGACGCGAUUACGUGAACGCAGCGCGCGCCAACGAAAAACAAACGAACGUCGGCCACAACAAACAAUGCUCGGCCGCCACAGCCUGCUCGAUGUUCAUGUUCCGCAGCAGGAAGACAAACCUCGUUAGGCGCCUGGCGAAAGCCCGCAAGCGACGGCCGCCCGCGACCGACCACGAAGACAGCGUCCACGGCCUGCUGCGGCGGCUGCAGGACAACCAGCUGGAGAUGCUGCUGGCGGCCGUGGAGAGCCGCGGCCGGGACUCGAGCCACUGCGUGCUGGUGGCCCAAAACGGCCAGGUUGGCCGAGAGCCGCACGUGCUGUGCUGUCAGAGUUGGCGGUGGCCGGAUCUCAGGCAGGCUGGUGAACUGAGGCGGCUGCCGACUUGCAGGUCGGCUUGCGAUCCGGUGUACGUGUGCUGCAACCCUUACCAUUGGAGUAGGCUGUGUCAGCCCGGAGUUCCUCUGGACCCCAACUUCAAUUUUACUUCAUGUGGGGAAGAUUUCAUCGCCGAAGUUUGUAGACAAAGUGCAAAAAUGUGCCUUUUGUUGAAGUCAUAUGAUUAG